CAUUCUGAUAGGACUUCAUAAUCUCUGGCUGUAAACAUAGUCAUCGAUGUUGAUCGACUUCAUUGAAAGCUGGAUAUAUCGAAUUAUAUCCGCUUAAAUCCAGUUUUGUUGUUUACUUGAUCUCAAGAUUUACUCAUACACCCGGACUGUCCAAUCACGUGCCCGCGACCUACUUGUACUUGCAGAGCAUAUAAGACGCCGCAGCGGCACUUUGAAGCACAGCGAACAAAGGAACACGACUUAGUAGUAACUCUGGUUGGACAGUGAGGAGAAUCAUGAAGCACUUUAUUUUCGUGUGUGUCUUGAUUAUUGGAGCAAAUGCGGCAAUUUGUCCAGAUGACACCAAUGACCUGGAUGACAACACCGACGAGGUGGAAGUUGAGUGCCCUCCAUGUGAGAGACACUUGACCUGUUACCGGGGCAACAUGAGGCUCUUCUGCUCACGUGACCCCUGUAACAGCUGCGCCGUCGUUUGGAAAGACUCCUACGGCCGGGACUUCACGGCUGAUUGCCUUCGAGACGAUACCGAGGACACCAAUGACGUCGAUGUAACUGCAUCUAGAACUAUUGAUAAUGAUAACACUAAUGAUGACGACGAUGAUGUAUCAAGCUUUAGAGGAGGUCGCCAGCCUGCCCGAAAUAACCAAAGGAACAAUGGAAACUUUGGCAGACAGCAGGUGGGACAGCAGAGGGGAAGAGUCCAGCCGAAGUUGGAGGUCAAGAACACAAAGAAGGCCGGACGAUUGGCCGCUGUAAACCGCCAGAAUCAAAACAGGAACCACAGGAACCAGAAUGCCCAGACGAGACGUGGGAGGAACUAGUAACGCAAACGUGGUGAAAGAAUAACUUCAAAAAGUAUUCCUGUUUGAUUGUUAUGCAUUUUUUUAAAGGAAGCGUUAAAUAUAAGAUAAAAUAUUAUUAAUCGAACAAAAUAUAUUACCGAUUGUUCAUCCUUUGUUGUUUUUUUUACACUGCCUCGUACUCAAUUUGUAUGUUAAAGAUUGUUCUUUUAUGUGUGUAUAUAUAAUGCAAGUCCAAUAACUUGUAGGAAUGUAUGUUAUAAUGUAUGUCUUUCUUUAAUUGAAUAUGAGAAAUUGAUCAUUCCUUUUUGUAAUAAACAAUGUGCCAUUA